AUGGACGUGAGAGGAUCCUCGAAUCGGAUCGAGGCGAAACCUGGCGAGAGCCGCGAACGAACCUGCCUCGACUGCCGAGAGAAUCUUUCGUCGAGAAUCCCUCCUCCUCCUCCUCCUCCGCCGCUGCCGCUGCCGCCGCCGGGGGACAGAGCUGCAGAGAAGAGAGGAAGCAGGAGCGAAAGUUGGCGAGCAACAGCAGAGCAACCGGUUGACGAAAAACAAUCUGACGAAGGGAGGAUGACGAAGUACGGACUGGCCAGGCUGGCACUUUGGAGGCCGAGACGUUCGGUUACCUCGCAGCCGGCCAACCAACAGGAGAACAACCCUCUGAUGUAUGCCGAGAGCAGCUUG